AUGGCGCCAGGAGAUUUGGUCUCAAUUUCCACUGCGUGUGCUUCCAAGGGAAUUUUCAGUGUGCUUGGUGUGGUGGUUGAUACUCUGCCACUCUUUCGGACCAAAGGCUCCUCUGCGUGCGUCACAUUCACUAUAAAAGACUCCGACUUUGAUGCACCACACUGGCAAGGCGGCCUGAAAGUCAAAUAUUUCAACGACGAUGAAAGUCACCUUCCUGGUAUUCAGGUCAAUGACCUGGUCCUGCUACGAAGCAUCAGGGUGAGCAUCUACCAAAACAAGCCGACAGGAGUUGUCUCUCAACAAGAGAGUAUUUCAUGGAUAGUGUUUCGACCAGAGUCAGGUCCAGGCUCUAGUCUUUCCAUCACCAGUGGUCCGGUUCCUUUUGAGCCCAGUUUAUGGGAAAAGGAUCAGGCACAAACACUCAUGGAUCGAGUGACAGCCGAGGGGCAUAUUGUGCAACCAUUCACUUCAAAUAGAGUGCCCGUCUCUCAAGGCCCUUCCCAGAUUAUUAAGGCUUCUACCUCAGCCUCGAAAUCAGGAUUGCCCUUUUCACUCAUUAAAGAUAUCCAGCUGGGGACAAUCACCCAACUUCUUGGUCAAGCUAUCACGCUGGAUACGCCUAACAGCGAACACAGCCUGCUACUAAUGACCGAUUACACUGAAAAUUCCCAACUUGUUUAUUACAAAAAGCCUGGGGAAGAAGAUGACGAGCCAGGCCCUGAAGGAGAUCCAUACAAAUUCUUGACACGGAGACGAAACGACUGGACCGGUCCCUUUGGUCAAUUUACAAUCCAAGUGACUUUGUGGGAGCCCCAUGCCACAUAUGCUCGGCAACAUGUCAAUCCAGGUGAUCUUGUUCUCUUGACCUAUGUACGGAUCAAAGAAGGUCGUAGCUUGGAGGCUGCUGUUCAUGAAGACAGGAGAUUCCCAGAAAAGAUCCAUAUCAAAGUCCUGAAGGGUGGUCAUGACGAGCGCGAACAGGCGUUGUUGAAGCGUCGGGCGGAGUACUGGAAAAUCCAUGGCGAACCUAAGGCAGAUACCAAAAAUCUCAAAAAACGGAAUAAGAAAGCCCAAGAGCAGAAAAAAGAGGCCAAAAAGGAAGCAGGACAGCUCAUUUUACCAGCGGCCACGGGAACUAAGUUAAAUCAAAACAUUAAAAUAAACACCUAUGUCGCCCCUGUUUCCUCUGUUGAAAAGAUUCUGCUCGCAAAAUCUCACACCAACCAUGCACCAGGAAACAUUGUCUACCAACUACCUUUUCAAAAUGUCAACUACAUCUCCGAACUUCGCGUGGUCGAUUUUUUCCCUCCCAAUCUAGAGGAUUUCGCCAUACAAACCGAACAAGCUGCUUUGUCGGAAAACACAGAGACAUUAAUUGGCUGGGAAUGGCGGUUCUGCCUUCUCGUGGAAGGGGUUGGUCCACAGCCUUCUAAGCAGCAGCCUCGGGAACGAAUGAAGCUUUUCGUGUCUUGUCACGAUGGGGAUUGUCUCCUGGAUAUGGAAGCAACAGAUCUCCGCAGGAAACCACGAAGAUUGAAUUUCAUACGAGAGAAGCUCUUCCAUCUUUGGGGCAAUCUCGAAGAACGAAAGAAAGCCAUAGCUUCUGGAAACCCAACCCCAGAACCGCUCAGCUCGUUGCCAUUCAAGUGUUGCAUCAAAGAAUACGGGGUGCCGUGUACGCAUGAUAAAGAUCCCAAUGCAAUGGAAGUCGAUGGCGAGGACUGCAGCCAGCCUGAUUGUUUUGGGUGGGAGAGACGCUUCGGCAUAUUUGGCACAACUAUUCACUCAUGA